AUGGAAAUUGAGCCAUCUUUACAACCACGAACGAGCUUGUCCGGUGCACAAAAAGUGCCACGAGACACGGCUCCGGCCGAGCCCCGCCACCGCGGCUCUUUUGAUCAUAGGCGGAAAAGCUCGAACAGUGAACCUUUCAGAAGCGGCCGUUUUUCGUGGGUGAAACGGCUGAUGAACAACAAUAAACCCGUUGCACCUCAGGCUUCUCAAGGCUCCAGCAGGGACACAAGGAAAAUUGAACCUGUCAAACAAGAGGCAAUUCCCGUGACGGGAACAAGGACCCCCGACGAAAGAAACAGUUUUUGCAGCACAGAGGUCUCGACAGGUGAUAACGUCAGCACCAGGCCCAUUUUAUCGAACUCUUCGGACGAAAGCGACAAUGAAGAUGACGAAAUCGAUUCAAGUUACAAAUAUUACGAUCCAUCAGUCAAGUCCACGGCAAUGACCUCUAUUGCACCAACAGCAUUGACAUCCGCCAGCAGCUCCGUCCCAAGCAACAUGAUUAUCGUGCCUGGCGGUUCGAGCGGCACGCAAGGUCACGGCACAAGCAUUCUAAGCUAUACCGGAAGCACCACUCCUACAGCCGUUUCAUUUUCUCACCAAACUGCUCACGGCGCAGACUCUUCUUCUGUGAUUACAAUUGCAAGCUCGACUCGAAAUAGAAGACGCCGGAGCAUCGACACCAAUGCUUCUACAUCUGCGAUUCCUCCAGCAAGUAUUUUUGAGCGUAUAAUCACCGCAAACACGAGUACGUCGAAGCUUCCAGCCUCCGAGGGUCCUUCACGUGCUCCUGUAAGUGAGCAGGACUCUGUGGCAUCAGGAGAUUACUGUUCGGCUGCAUCUCACUAA